UCAACAAAAUGACUCUUUAAGUUCCUCCUGCGCCUACUUCGACGUCAGGGCAUAUUACAAGUAUACUUUGUCUUUAUACAUUUUUAAGUUCCUGAUCACUCAGUAACAAUGCCCGCCGUCUCGUUUGCCGACAUUGGGAAGCGCGCCAAGGGCCUGCUGGGCGGCGAUGCGGCCACCGGCACCUUCACGCUGAACCCCAAGCUGACGAUUGCCAGCACCACCCUGGCUGGUGUCUCGCUGACCACCACUGCCACCCAGAAGGGUGACAAGCUGGACGCCACCGUCAAGGCCGCCUACACCUGCUGCAAGAAGUACUCCGGCGAUGUCACCGCUGACCCCAGCGGCAAGCUGGCCGUCAACGUCUCCGUUGCUGAGGUUGCCCCCGGCCUGAAGCUCUCCGCCGCCAUGGUCCUGCCCGACCCCGCCGCCUCCGCCAAGCUGACCGCCGAGUACGCGCACGAGAAGGUGUCGCUGAAGAGCACCGUGAGCCUCUCCGCCGCCCCCGUGGUGGAUGUGGCCGCUGCCACCGCCGUGAGCGGGCUGCUGGUGGGCGCCGAGGCGGGCUACGACGCCAAGAAGGCCGACCUGACCAAGUACAACUUUGUGCUGGGCUACCACGCCUCCGACUUCCAGGCCACCGCCACCGUGGCCGACCAGCUCUCCACCCUCAAGCUGGCCUACGUCCAGACCCUCUCGCCCGCUGCCACCGCCGGAGCUGAGCUGUCUCGCAAGCUCAAGGGCUCUGAGGCCGGUGCCACCACCUUUGCCCUGGCCUACGCUCGCAACCUGGCUGGCGGUGCCGUUGCCAAGCUCAAGCUGGAGAGCAGCGGCGCGCUGUCGGCGCUCUACCAGACGAAGCUGGCUGGCGGCGAGAAGGUGACCGGCUCGCUGCAGCUGCAGGCUACCGACCUGAGCAAGGGCCCCAAGUACGGCUUUGCUCUGGACCUGGCUUAAGCGGAAAAAGGAUAUGCGCGAAAAUGGCGGUUAUGUUGGUUGGGUCUCGCGAUGAAUUGUUGAUCUUUUCCUUUUUGUGCUUUUGAGCUCUUGUACACGCAUAUGCGUGGUAUGACGGAAUGUGCUUUGAAGAGGUGUGAUUCCGGAUUGCUGUUAGCAUGUGUGGCGAGUAGUAUUUACGCGCGUUGUAUAUGCGAUGUUUGUUCGUUAAGUGUAUCUUAGAAAAAGAGCUGCUUUUUGUGCUUUUUCCUAAGGUUUGGAUUUUGGUAAGCUUGGCAGCAGCGUGCGUGCGUGCGGUUUCCAUGGGGCCGGCUGCUGUCAUGGGAAGGUUUCACGGUCGGGUAAGAUCACCUACCGUACCUGCCGUACAGGUGUCUCUCCCAGGCGGCAUUCAAUCCUUCCGUCAUUACGUCUUGUGAUGUCGGGUUCGGAACUGCCCAAGACAGAACCUUACGCAUGCCCGUUGCUGUUAGUGGACCUCUCAGUUACCCGACCUAGGAAGGGAAUAAACCGUCGAAGAGAGCUCGGAUUGGCGUGAGUCUUGCGCGCUUGCUGUGCCCAAGCUGUUGCUUGUCGCCUGCGCGAUUUUGACGGAUUGGCGCGCUUGUGUCACAUCAAUCGUGAUUAGGAAUGGACCCGGAAACACCCACCACGUUUCAGACCAUGAUUUUUUCACGUGCGCACUCGUGAUCAAUCCGCUCUUGUAAGUUGUAACGCUCACAGCUGUACGGAAGAGAGUAGCAGGAGGC